UAAAGGGUUCCUGGCAUGAAUACAAGCAAUUUUUAUAGUUCUAAUAAGAGAAAACGUGAAAGGAAUUUAAUAAAAGUUCAGCGUUAUGGAGGUGUUCUAUUAACAAGCUAUGGAACUGUAAUAACAAACAGUGAAAUAUUAUCUAAACGAGAAGGACGUGAAUUUGUCUGGGAUUAUGUUAUUCUUGAUGAAGGCCAUAGAAUCAAAAAUCCAACAAAAACAACAAAAGCUGUUCAUGAUAUUCCUGCUAGAAAUCGAAUUGUGUUAACUGGCACACCUAUUCAAAAUAAUCUGAAGUCAGUUUAA